AUGAAUCUUUUAACACUAUUUUUAAUUGCUAUAAGAUGUUUUGCUCUUUUGACAACUUUAAUUGCUAUGGCUUUUAUACUUCUUGGACCAGGAGUUUGUUAUAUUGAUACUGCAGUUAAUGAUCUUACUAUAUGUAAUAAUGAAGCUAAUUUUAAUUUUAUUGAAUGGAAAAAUGUUUCAUGGACUGUAUAUUUACAUAUACCAAUAAUUAUAAUUACUUUAUCAGGUGUAUCACCACCAAUAUAUUCAUUAAUAUAUCUUUUUAUAACAAAUAUAUGGGAAAAAAAAAAUAUACAAAUGAUGAAACUUUUUAAAGGUUCAUUAAUAUUUUUAUUUUGUGGUAUUAUAGAAAUAUAUUUAUUAGUAACAAUUGAUAUUCAAUCAAAAGAUAAAUAUUAUGGAGAGGUUAAAUCUUUUAUUCAAGGAUGGGCAUCAGCAACAGGAAUAUAUUUUUCAAAUUUUAUUCUUCAAUUAAUUGAUAUGUUUAUUAUAUAUAUAAAAUUUGAUAAACCUAUAAAAGGUUCUGUUAUAUAA